AAUGCACAUGGUCAGAGGGAUACCACUCUUUCAUGGUUCUGGUCCUUGGAUGUUCAAGGAGACACGUCCGAAAAUGACUGGAUGACAGAAUGUGAGUUUUACUGGGUGAAUUGGCUCUGGAUGAAAGCACUGUGCAACCACUGGAAUGAGGAGGUUAUGCUUGUCAAACAUGAAAUGCAGUGGUCAAUU